UCUCGUUGAGAGAAAUGCGCUUUGAUAGCAGGAGCAUGGAGCGUGUCACGCAUCCGCCUAUAUACGCCCGCGUAUGCGAGUCGCGUCGCCCAGUCCGAAUCGGACGGCGUCGCGGUGGAGUCGCCGGAUGGUGCACGUCGACGGUGCACGCCAGCGCGUGAGAGCGAGCGCCGAGAUCGACCCGGGGAAGCUGCCGACGCGUCGACGUUGCAAGUGCAGGCGCGGUGCAACCGGUGCAGUCGCGCGUCAACCGGUCGACUCGCGGGCGGGACGCUUUGUCCGCGUCCUAAUGUCUUCGUCGCGGCUCAACGAGCACGACGCCGAUUAUCAGCGAUUUCACGAUGACGAGACAAGCCUGCCACUCGACCAGGAGAUCACCAACGGCUCGAGCCGACAAUAUGGUUCCAUUCUGUCUUCACCUACUUCAGAGAAUCAUGUAAGGUCAUCAUUUGGCAAUGCUAAUAACACUAAUCAGCUGAAUCAUAAGUACGAAGCAAGCGAAACGGGGAUUGGAAACAUGAUUGAAAACACAGCGCGCAACGCAGUUCUUGACGUGGACUUGCACUGGGAAAUGAAUUAUCACGAAGCCGCAAUAUUUUUAGAGGAAGGUAGGAACAAUGAGAAAUUUGAUUCUCAUCCGAGACAUCCUGAAGAUUUACCGGCGUAUCUCUUAGUCCACAACAGUUGGUACAAUGGAUUGGAUUUACUGACUUCGUUAAUCCUGCUGUCUCUGGCAUUUGUAGAGGAACCUGCCCUACCACUAUUCAAAGUACCAGUAUGGGUACACGGCACGGUAGAAUUGCUCGCGUUAAUUACCAUCGGCGUGGAAUUAGCUUUGAAACUGAGAUGGACUGGCUGGGCGCCUAUGCUGAGACACAAACGUACCAUGCUAAAGUGCAUCACCCUGGCGAUCAUGUUUCUCGAAGCUAUGACAAUCCUGGUGCGACAAUCCUCACAUUUCCGCGUGACGCGCGCCCUAAGACCAAUAUUCCUAAUAGAUACGAAAUAUUGUGGCGGCGUAAGGAGAUUCAUAAGACAGAUACUUCUCACGCUACCACCGAUUCUGGACAUGCUGGGACUUCUUUUCUUUUUGAUUAUUGUCUACACUGUAUUAGGCUAUUACAUGUUCAGUGAAAUGAACAGGAAUUUUUCCACUAUGCAAGAUAGUUUCGUCAGUCUGUUUGUUCUUCUUACCACUGCUAAUUUUCCGGACGUAAUGAUGCCGUCAUAUUCUCAAAAUAAGUGGUACGCGAUAUACUUUGUCUCUUAUUUGUGUACCAUGCUAUACGUGAUGAUGAACUUGAUGCUGGCGGUAGUAAACGAGACGUUUACGUCGCGCGAGCGUGACAAAUUCAAGAAAUUGUUCCUGCACAAAAGGAAAGCCUGUCAGCACGCUUUUAAGCUCUUGGUUUCCAAGCAAGAUCCCGAAAAGAUGCGAUUCCGUCAGUUCGAGGGUUUAAUGCGAUAUUAUACUCCAAAUAAAUCCAUACGCGACAUUGUUUUAAUGUUUUGUCAUAUGAACACAUCGGGAAGUGGUGCCUUAAAUUGCGAGGAAUUCUUAUCGAUUUACGAUGCCACGAUGCUUCAAUGGGAUUUGCAAUACUCCAAUAUUCCAUGGUAUCGCACUGCAUGGUGGCCCUUGCAAACUCUAUGCAUAGGUGCUCAUACUGUUAUUAGAUGGUCGUAUUUCGAAACGUUGGUGUGUAUAAUCAUCACCAGUAAUUGCAUCGCUAUGAUAAUAAGAAUCCUCGAACCGAGUAACAGUCUCGAGGAAUCGGCGCAUGGAUUCGCUGCAUGUUGGGACACUUUUCUGUUCGGAGGACUUUUCGUGGCCGAGGCAUUGUCAAAAGUAUUAGCUCUUGGUAUCAGAUGUUACCUGAGCUCUGGAUGGAAUCUUUUUGACUUGGGAACAUCAAUAAUGACUAUCGUCGCCGCGUGUGCUCUCAUCUUAUUCCCGUCGACUACAUUUCUCGUUCUGUUCCGUCCUCUUAGAACGUUGAGACUAUUUAAGAUCAAAAAACGCUAUCGAGACGUUUUCGGCACCCUCGUAAUUUUGUCUCCUCAGAUGUGUUCAACGGCGAUUGUCAUGCUGGUUUUGUAUUAUUUUUUCGCGAUCAUAGGAAUGGAACUGUUUGCCGGAUACGAUAUGCGCAAUUGCUGCAAGAAUACGACUGUUGAAGAUUUUUAUGAAUAUUCAGUCAACGGUAGUACAGCAUUGGGAUAUUACUAUCUUAAUACUUUCGACAAUCUCAUAGCGAGCGGCAUUACAUUAUUCGAAUUAACUGUUGUUAAUAAUUGGUUCAUACAAAUGAAUGCAUACGCGUUUACCGCGGGUAUGUACACGAGGAUAUAUUUCAUGAUAUUUUAUCUGGUGACUAUGAUCGUAUUGACUAUCGUGGUAUCCAGUUUCCUGGAAGCUUUUCGAUUUAGAAUACAAUAUAAAAAGUCAACUUCAAAACACGAUGAGGAAAAGAUGCUUCACGAAGAGGUGGAGUUAAAAUGGGAUGAAUUACAAUGUAUAAUCGAAGAUUUUCAAACUUUGGAAAAUUUGCGCAACUCUUUAGUCGUUGGAGGAAGCACUCUCUUCAUCGGGUCACGGCCACGAACGCGGGAAGUUUUACAAAGGAAGAUGUACACGCAUGAAAUAAACGAAUGGAUAGCCGAAGCAAAGUCAGAAGAAAAGCACCUUGUAUCUAAAGCAGCUCAUAGUACAGAAGAUGGAAGCGGCGAUAGUACCUCCGACAUUGAUCAUCUUGUAUUAAACGGCAAUUUACGUCAUCAACAAAAUAAUAGCUUAACUACUCGGUAAAAGUGACUUAAUCGCAUUCCGAAAAUUAAUUUAUAAUUUAUAAUUACUACUUACAUUUGUGUGUAAGUGCAUUUAUCAUAUAACAUAGCUUCCUUAGACUCUAACGAAUAUAUUUUCAUAGUAGAGAAAGAUGUAUUAUGCUACAUUGAAAAUUUUUUAGGUAAAUCGAUAGAGUUUUAGAAGAUAAAAAUCUACGAUUAAUUAAUAAAAUUUUAACGUAAACGAAUUACUUUCUUUAUAUAUUUUGAUAUUGCAAACUAGUCACGAAUAUUAUAAAAAGAUGUUAUUUUAUUUAGAAAAUAAUCAUUGUUUUGAAUUUGUGUUGUUGUCUCACGAUGUAUAAUAACUUAUGUUAUCCGUGCAGCAAAUAUAUUUCGACAUUGAUAAUUAUAUCAUAAAACGUUUCGUACAUCAGAUAGAAAUAUUUUGAUAUCAUUUUCAUGUAGAAGAUAAAUGUCUUCAUUAUUUUAUAUAUUGCAUUGCGAAAAACUUAAUUCGACUAAGAUGAAUCGCUAGAGAUUCGAGGAUAACACGAGAUUCAGAGCAGAAUCUUGUUUAUUUAUUAACUUUUUUUAGGUAACGAACCAAUUUUAUUCUUCAAAAUUGAAUGUGCAAAAGAAAUAAAAAUAAAUACUCUCAUCUCGGGUCGAAUCAGCGUGUCGCGCAAAUACAAUAAUAAAUUAUAAUAGAUAU